AUGGAUGAACCUCUGUCAAAGAAUAGGGUAAGACCAACAUUAAAGAAAAAAAGUAAAGGAAAUCCUUAUGACAGUGACAGUGCGAUGGAUGAAUUCUGUCAAAGAACUAAGGCAAAGGGUAAGACCAACAUUAAGAAAGGAAAGGAAGAUCCUGAUGACAGUGACAGUGAGAUGGAUGAACCUCUGUCAAAGACUAAGGGUAAGACCAACAUUAAGAAAGGAAAGAAAGAUUCUGAUGACAGUGACAGUGAGAUGGAUGAACCUCUGUCAAAGACUAAGGGUAAGACCAACAUUAAGAAAGGAAAGAAAGAUGAUGACAGUGACAGUGAGCGGGAGACCUUGUCAAAGACAAAGGGUAAGACCAACAUUAAGAAAGGAAAGAAAGAUUCUGAUGACAGUGACAGUGAGAUGGAUGAACCUCUGUCAAAGACUAAGGGUAAGACCAACAUUAAGAAAGGAAAGAAAGAUUCUGAUGACAGUGACAGUGAGAUGGAUGAACCUUUGUCAAAGACUAAGGGUAAGACCAACAUUAAGAAAGGAAAGGAAGAUUCUGAUGACAGUGACAGUGAGAUGGAUGAACCUCUGUCAAAGACUAAGGCUAAGACCAACAUUAAAAAGAGAGAGAAAGAUUCUGAUGACAGUGACAAUAAGACGAAGAAAGCUUUGUUAAAGACUAAACGUAAAUCCAGCACUAAGAAAGGAAAGGAGAAAUUAAGUUCUGGCACAUCCAGCCCUGUAAAAUCCAAUGCUCCAGUUUCCUCAUCAGAUUUAUCCUCAUGUUCAGAUGAUGAAAAAUCUCCUAAAGGAAAUACGAAAGAUACUGAAAUGCCUAAGAAGAUUAAGAGUGGUGAUAGGCGAAUACUUAAGAAGAAAGCGUACAUAAAGAAAUGUGGCAUUAGAAUUAAGAGCUAUGAUCUUCUGUUUGAGGGCUGUAAAACUAUAGCUGCAAAGGAGAGAAAACUUCUUUCUAUCCUUCAGGAGCAUGGCAUGGAAGGAAGACCAACCUUAAAGAAGUGUGAAGAAAUACGAGAGAAGUUGGAAAGGGAAAAAGAACUUGCAGAAUUAGAUAUGUCUAAUAUUAUAACAGAAUCAGGACGUGGUAGACGGAAUGCCUUCAGCGUUUAUGCCACAAAAACAGAAAGGACUGCAGUUGAUGAUUUUUUUGAAAGGCCAAUAAAAGCCUCAAGGGCAAGGCACAUUGCUGAAUCAGAAUCUGAGUCUGAUAAUGAAUCAUAGUCUGAGUCAGAGUUGGAAUCAGAUUCUUAAUCAAAACAAGGUUAAGAUUAAAGGUAUGUUGACAAGAUUAAAAGGUUGACAUUUUAUGAAUUAUUUUGUAUGUAAAAUUUUAUGUAAUUCAGAUUCAUAUUAUUGUUUUAUAAAAAAAAUAAUAUCAUAUUAUUAAUUAAAUUUAUAUAUUGUG